UGCGGUGUGGCAUCCCAGCCCAAGGUGCCCGCAGCUCCCUCGCCAGCUCGAGGCGGACUCGGGUUUAGGAGGACUUUAGGGGGACUAAGCUUUUAAAAACAGCCGGUGAACUUGGACGAGGGGACUGUAGCAGGAGUCUGUGUGGGCGCUGCUGGACUCCCCUGCAGGCGGUGGGCGGGCGACGAAGCAAGUCGGAGGUUGUGGUCCGGGGACCCAUUCCUUUGCUUUAUUUGGGGAUCUGAAACCCUGGUCCACAGUGACCCGCUGCACUUUGGGGUUUCCAGUGACUGCACCGCAAAGGCAGUCUUUACGUUGACACGAGUUAGGCUGUCUUGGUGAUUGUUAAGGAGUUUUAGAAUGUUUUCAUUUUGUGGAAACCUGUUCGUUUGACGAUAUUUGGGCGUAGCUAGCUCGUAAGGCAUUUUAUGGAAUGCUGGAAAAGUAAGGUCAUUUUUUUUUCUACUUUGAGAAUUGUCCUAAGACCUUAGGAAUAAUGUUAUGAAAUAAAACACUGGCUUUAUACUUUAAAAAAAACGAUUUGUAUCACUUUAAGCCAGACGGUCAAAUAGAAAAGUGGUGAGACCCAACAGACUUACCUGAGGGCAGUUUUCAUUGCUGCCCAGGGAACUAACAGCUGACAAAGUAACUAAAAUAUCUUAGCCCAGAACUGUUAUUUGAUGCAGUAUUUUCAACCUCUAAAGGUAUGGGGCAGCUUACUUAAGCUUUUAGGAAGAUGUGUCACCUUUGGUAAUUGAUAACCAUUUUCUUUGACAUUGACAUAAAAACUAAUCAGUUAAAGAAGUGUCAGCCAGUCUUGGGUGUGUUCAAAUUUUUAAAAUAUCUAAUAUCAUGAUGAUGCAUUUUUAUAAUGAACAAAUAAUUAAGAUUUCAAUUGUGUGACUAUUAGAAGUCAUUGUGAUUCAAAAGGACUGAGGCAUUCAUAAAUUGUGAAUGAAGAUGAAAACAAUGAUAAGGCUUAUUCAGUGAUUGGAUACAGUCCUGUAGCUUUUUGGCUGACACAUUUUUUAUUGUUUAUAUUUUGUUUGGCAUCCGAGUAUGAUUAACUUAGAUAUGGCUAUUUUCAGCAAGUAAACAUGCACUUUAAUUUAACAAAACUGUAAAAAUGAGUUGCUGAGCUAUUUGUAUUUUAAAAGCCAUGAAUGAUAAUAGCCAAUAACUAUGAUGAAACUGUGUCAGGUAUAACGAAUUGUCUUUAGUUGUAAAGUUACCAUUAACGUGACCCAUCAACCGGGUAUAUUUUUCUCUCUUUCUGAUAAGUUAUGUUCACUUGAUAUUAUUUUUACACAGUGAACAAAUAAAACAAGUCAAAGCAAGAUUUUCACUUACAGAAUAUAGCAUCACUUAUUCUCACCUGUAAAAGACUGAAUAAUUGUGCAUUUCUCUGUAUUUCUAUUUCUAGCAUCAGCUUUUCAGAAACAUUGCUAGCAAUUACACUGCAUUUUUAGUUUUCUCCAAAUAUGUAUUGAAAAGUCACUAGUUUUAUCUUAAUUUGUGUAAGUUAAAAAUAAUAUUGCAGCACUGAGACAUAUGGAAUGUUGGGAGCAUAUACAGCAUAAUCAUUCAGCUAUCACAUUAGUAUUCAAAGAUACAUACUUACCAACAAUAACUUGUGAUGACUAAUAUUUUCUACUAUUUUAAUAAUACAAAUCUAGGUUUAUGUAUAAAAACAAGGCCCAUACCAGGGAAGGAAUUUUAGCUUAAGAAUUCUCACUUCACAAAGCUCCAUGUGACUUUGCAGGUAAUGUAGGUGUUAUAAAAGUGAGGCUGCAUUAAUAGUGUUACUUUUGUAUCAGAUCAAUAGUUUUGUAUCACAAGAGCCUAGUAGCUGUAGCAAAACAUGUUUCAGGACAUGUAAAUUGCAAAAUAGAGUAUCAUUCUUCAUUUAUUAUAACCUUUAAAAGUAUCUCAAUUAUUGCAAUAAGACAUCUAGGUUUUAGAGAAAAAAAAUCUUAAUUUAAAAGGACCUACCAUUAAAUGUUAUAUUUAGUAAAAUGAUAGGCUACAGAAUGAGCAUAUCAAUAAUCAAUAUUUCUAUACCAGUAUAAAUCAGAUAUAAAAGAAAAAUUAAGACCUAUCACAUAUGGUUUAAUAUUUGUUAAAAAUAAUGUAAACUAUUAAUAAUGUAACUUUCAAUUGGCAUGAUGGCAUUACAUAUAUUUUUCUUUCAUUGCUUUUAAGUUCUUUAGGUACAUUUUUUUGCAUGGUUUAUUGUUACAUAGCAAUGCUCCAAGAACACUUAGUAUUUACUCUCCUACCUCUAUAUGGGUCUGAUUAUCCAUCCCUUUCAUGGAAGCGGAAGAAAAAUAAAUAUGCUUAGUGGAAUUAACACCCUUUACUUUUAUAUCUGAAAUUUGUAACUUGGUUAUUUACUUUGUCAAUUUAGGUCAAUUAAAGGAAGUUUUAAAAGAGAGUUCAACACCAAUACAUUUUAAUAAAAAUUCUGAAAGAGCAAAGUUGUAUAUUACCUUUGUAUACAGCUGUUUGAUUUUAAAUCUUUUAUAUGUUUUGCUUUUUUAAAAAUUUUUUUGUAGUUGCUUAAUGUUAUUGUAAUAAUCCACUACUAGUUAGGAUAUUUAGAAACCUUAAUUGCCUUUUUAAAAACAUUUUUUAUCAGGGCAGUUACCAUGCUCCAUAUUCAUGUCACUAAUAAUCUUUAAGAAUAUAGUGCUACUCAUCAUUAGGAAACAGUCACACUUGGGAGAUGACAUUUAGGUAUGUUAAUACAGAAAUGUAUGUGACUUAGAGCAAACCUCAACUUAAAGUCAUUUUUGGAAGACAUGUCCCCUUGUCAAAUAAGUGCUUCACCUGAAAGGAAUUUACAUGAUAGUGAAAGCCUGAACGAUAUCAAUAAGGCAAAUUGGCAGCCUGAGAAAGUUUGCUACUUCUAUUUAUCAAUUAAAAAAAAGGAUGUUUUAAAACAAUAUUUGGCAGCAUUGACAGCAAACUCAAAAGAAUGUUUAAAAACUAUGUUUUGUGUGCAUUUGCUAAGAAUUUUCAAAUUCAACCUUCAAAUUUGGAUUUGGUUGUUUAAAAUAACUCAUUAAAAUUUUGAACUUUCUUGCAUGAUAGAUUAUGUUUAUAGUCAAAUAUUGAAACUCAAAAAAUUUAAUCAAAAUUGUGUUUUAUGUCUUUAUAAGAAAAUGGAAUGUCACUGAACAUAGUACUUAAGGACGUAAGUACUUAUGUGUUACCACAGGGCUUAAUAUUUGUAAAAUUAUAUUGCAUUUUAAAAAGCAUGGCAAGGGUAAAGUGAGUGAGACAAAGCCCACCCACUCUACCUCAUGUGCUCUUUACAUUCUCAAAGUUUUAGUUUAUGAGUGUGUAUAUAUGUGUUUUUUAGUCAUAUCAAUAAAUCAUAGUAAUAGAUUAUAGGAAGUGAGUUACCAAAGCACAUUUAAGUCCACAUUUCCUUGAGCAGACUUUCCUUUUGCAUAUAUUCCUAAAGGGGAUAAACAAAGUUUUUGUAGUUACAGUGAAAGCUAAAAGCAUGGCAUCAGAAAGUGUAUGGAGAUAGGGAGGUCUUAUCAUGGGAUGUGGUUGCUGUGAGCAGGGCUGCCUUCCCACACAAAGAACAGAUUGUGGUUUAACUCUUUCCAUGGCCUAGUUUAAUGUGCUCGCAUAGUAACCGAAUUGUUCAAACCUCUGCUGGAAACUACUGAUCGGUUUAAUGAUUUCCUCUAUGGCAUUUGGUUUUGCCUCAUGCUGUGAUGUAAUCAUCUGCAUUCUGUAUUCUUAUAAAAUUUUGAUUCAUACUUAUUCUGGUGUAGGAACAUUUACAGCAAUGUUAGAACACUUGAUAACUACAUUAUUGAUUGGAUGGGACAUGUACUUCCAUAGCUGAAGUGCAUGUUGCAGUGUGUAGCAUUAAAACUUUGAAUUUCUUCUUAAAACUGCAUUCAUAUCUAUAUUGGAUUUUUUUGACACCUUCUUUGUUAAAGAAUCGUUAGUUGUACUUUCAUCAUAUUUACCUAAUGGAAUUAGUCAGUCUACUGGCUAAAUAGAAUUUAUUCCACGUAGUUCAGGGUGAUUAACAUGGGUAUGUAAAUUCUAACUUGGAAUACAAUCAGAGAGAGUUAUUUUGUAGCUGUGCUGAACAAUAUAGUCAAUAUGAUCAGAAAAGUGGUGGUGGAAGUUCUCAUUUGCUUCAAGCUUGGCUUAUUGCAUACAUACGGUGUACAUGCACAAGACGUUAAGCUCUUUCUCUUUGAACAGUAAUAGGCCUAAGCUUAUAAGACAGGUUUUACCUAAAUCAGGAAGUAGUGAAACUGACUGCACUGGGAAGUAACUUGAAAUAUCUGUAGGUAAAGGUUAUCUGCCAUUCCUCACUGCUCCCCUCGAUUAAAAAAAGGCUGGAUGAAACAGGCAGGAAAAAUGCAGAAGCCUACAGGUAACCUACUUAAUUCAAAAGACGGGUACUAUAUAAUCUAUGUACCUGCAAAUUCACAAGCACAUGUGUAUAUGCACCCACAGUUCUGUCUGAGAAUUCAUCUACGUGGCAAAUGAAUUGUAUAGAAUCCACAAAAGCAGUAACUGAUCAGCAGCGCACUCCUGGUGUCAUCCUACCACGGCAUGCAGAGACACAAAGAAAAUAAAGUUGGUGCAAAGUUGCCAUUUUUCAUUGUUCACCUCAGAUUGAUUUUUAAGGGUUUUAGAAUAAUUGACAUACUCGUGAUCGGUUAACAAAUUAACGGACUCUGUAGGGCUUCAUAUUCUAUACUGGAAGCUGCUGGAAGAACAUUUAUGUAAUUUUUGUUUUCAAGUUUGAGAACUAUUAAAAGACGCAAGAGUGUGUGUGAGAGUGCAAGUGUGUGUGUGUGUGUGUGUGUGUGUGUGUGUGUUGGGAGCUGGUGUUGGUAGUGUGAGGAGAGAAUGCACUGCUUAAAGUAUGGAAACCUUCUGUUCAGGACACUGAUACGACGAGCUGUGUCCUUUGCCCACUUUCCCUUACUGUAUACCGGUUUCUCUAGUUACCACUCUUGGAAUGGUGCUGUUUCAGUGUUGGAAUGUUGGACGUUUGAUAAGAAAAUGGAUCAAGUUUAAUGGCGCAUGCUCUUUGUGCCACCAGCAGCCUCUUGCUGAGAGCAUGCUCCAAAAGCGGGAACUGUGUGGCAUUACACUGAGCAUCUAUAUGCUUUGUGUUUCUGUGCCACAGAGAAGAGAAAUGAACUGUGGCAUCGCUCCUGCCUUCUGAACAGCUCUGCUUCGAUUAAAAAAAAAUCUCACUGUGUUCUUUGUAAAAUGGAUGAAUUUCACCCAUUCAUCGAGGCACUUCUUCCACAUGUCCGUGCAAUUGCCUAUACUUGGUUCAACCUGCAGGCUCGAAAACGCAAGUACUUUAAAAAGCAUGAGAAGCGAAUGUCAAAGGAUGAAGAAAGAGCAGUCAAAGAUGAGCUUCUCAGUGAAAAGCCUGAAAUCAAACAGAAGUGGGCAUCCAGGCUCCUGGCCAAACUGCGCAAAGAUAUCCGCCAGGAGUAUCGAGAGGACUUUGUGCUCACCGUGACUGGCAAGAAGCACCCGUGCUGUGUCUUAUCCAAUCCCGACCAGAAGGGUAAGAUUAGGAGAAUCGACUGCCUGCGACAGGCAGACAAAGUCUGGCGUCUGGAUCUAGUCAUGGUGAUCCUGUUCAAAGGCAUCCCCUUGGAAAGUACCGAUGGAGAGCGGCUCAUGAAAUCCCCACAUUGCACAAACCCAGCACUUUGUGUCCAGCCACAUCAUAUCACAGUAUCAGUUAAGGAGCUUGAUUUGUUUUUGGCAUACUACGUGCAGGAGCAAGAUUCUGGACAAUCAGGAAGUCCAAGCCACAAUGAUCCUGCCAAGAAUCCUCCAGGAUACCUUGAGGAUAGUUUUGUAAAAUCUGGAGUCUUCAAUGUAUCAGAACUUGUAAGAGUAUCCAGAACGCCCAUAACCCAGGGAACUGGAGUCAACUUCCCAAUUGGAGAAAUCCCAAGCCAACCAUACUAUCAUGACAUGAACUCGGGGGUCAAUCUUCAGAGGUCGCUGUCUUCUCCACCAAGCAGCAAAAGACCCAAAACUAUAUCCAUAGAUGAAAAUAUGGAACCAAGUCCUACAGGAGACUUUUACCCCUCUCCAAAUUCACCAGCUGCUGGAAGUCGAACAUGGCAUGAAAGAGAUCAAGAUAUGUCUUCUCCGACUACUAUGAAGAAGCCUGAAAAGCCAUUGUUCAGCUCUGCAUCUCCACAGGAUUCUUCCCCAAGACUGAGCACUUUCCCCCAGCAUCACCACCCCGGAAUACCUGGAGUUGCACACAGUGUCAUCUCAACUCGAACUCCACCUCCACCCUCACCGUUGCCAUUUCCAACACAAGCUAUCCUUCCUCCAGCCCCAUCGAGCUACUUUUCUCACCCAACAAUCAGAUAUCCUCCCCACCUGAAUCCUCAGGAUACUCUGAAGAACUAUGUACCUUCUUAUGACCCAUCCAGUCCGCAAACCAGCCAGCCUAACAGCAGUGGUCAAGUAGUAGGGAAAGUGCCUGGCCAUUUCACUCCUGUCUUGGCACCCUCUCCCCAUCCCAGUGCAGUGCGACCUGUGACCCUGAGCAUGACAGAUACUAAACCCAUCACUACAUCCACUGAAGGUGAGGCAGCUUCACCUACAGCAACCACCUACACAGCCUCAGGCACAUCUCAAGCCAAUCGAUAUGUGGGACUAAGCCCAAGAGACCCAUCCUUCCUACAUCAGCAACAGCUGAGGAUUUGUGACUGGACCAUGAAUCAAAACGGCAGGCAUUUAUACCCCAGUACCAGUGAGGAUACAUUGGGAAUUACUUGGCAAAGUCCUGGUACCUGGGCUAGCUUGGUUCCUUUCCAAGUGUCAAAUAGGACACCCAUCUUACCGGCAAAUGUCCAAAAUUACGGUUUGAACAUAAUUGGAGAACCUUUCCUUCAAGCAGAAACAAGCAACUGAGGGAAAAAGAAACACAACGAUAGUUUAAGAAAUUUUUUUUUUCUUUUAAAAAAAAGGAAAAGAGGAAGACUGGACAAAACAAAACAAAGGGAGAAAGGAAAGAAACUGAAGAAAGAAGAUAACAGACCAGCAAUUGCAGCACUUACAAUCACUAAUUCCCUUAAGGUUGAAACUGUAAUGACAUAAAAAGGGUCAAUGAUAUUUCACUGAUGGUAGAUUGAAGCCCCUGCAACAUAGCCUUUGUUACAUGAAGUCCGCUGGGAAAUAGAUGUUCUGUCUCUAUGACAAUAUAUUUUAUCUGACUUUCUAGAUGCCUUAAUAUUUGCAUGAUAAGCUAGUUUUAUUGGUUUAGUAUUCUUGUUGUUUACGCAUGGAAUCACUAUUCCUGGUUAUUCACCAACGAAGGCUAGGAGGCGGCGUCAGAGGUGCUGGGUGACAGAGCCAUGAGCCAGCCGUUUUAUAAGCACUCUGAUUUCUAAAAGUUAAAAAAAAUAUAUAAAAUCUCUGUAGCCUUUAGUUAUCAGUACAGAUUUAUUAAAUUUUGGCCCUUAACCCAGCCUUUUCCAGUGUGUAACCCAGUUUGAAAUCUUAAAAAAAACAAAAAAUGAAAAAAAAAGGAAAAAAAGAAAAAAGGAAAAAAACAGUUUGAACACAAAGGCUCUAUGGAAGAAAUGCCUCUAUGUAGGUGAAGUGUUAUCUCUGCAUGCAACAGUAAAAAUUAAUAUAAUAUUUUCCCCACAAAAAAAAACACUUAACAGAGGCAAGUGCAAUUUAUAAAUUUAUAUCUAAAGGGGAACCAUGAUUAUAAGUCCUUCAGCCCUUGGACUCUAAAUUGAGGGGAUUAAAAAGAAUUUAAAAUAAUUUUGAACGAAUUUAUUUUCCCCUCAGUUUUUGAGGGCAUUAAAAAGGCAUUAAAUCAAGACAAAUCAUGUGCUUGAGAAAAAUAAAAUUAAUGAAAACACAGCACUUAUGUUGGUUUAGCUGCAGCCUCCUUGGAGGUAGAAUUUAUUUAUUUAAAAUUACUGGUUGCAUCAAGAACCCAUAGGGUGUAUAAAAGGUUCUAUAAAAUCUGCAUUCUAGAGACAAAGAGGCAGGCAAAUCCAUGUCACAAGGGUAAAGCUUACAGUUUACAAACUGGGAACGCCAGGGUGUAGGAUAUAAGAAAACGCACUCUUGAGAAAACAAAUGUAAUCAGGGUGCUGAAAACUUGCAUGGUGCUUUCAGACAUUAGCCUUGUUCAACAAAUUUCUUGUAUUGACAGAUCCAUAGUGUGCAUGGGCAGACACAUUUUGCCUCUAUGUCUCUUAAAAUUUUAAUUAAAAAUACUCUUUCCAGUAAUCCUAAUUUGCACGAAGAUAUAAUGUCCACAUUACGUGCCUUGCCUUGAAAUCUAAAAAACAAAAAACACAAAAAAACAAAAAAAAAAAAACAACAAAGUGACAUCACUACACUUGUUUUGCUGCAUUUAUUAUCAUUUUAAAUCUUUACCAUUUUUAUGACAAAAUAUUUUGUACUCCAGACGAAGAAAAAUGUGUGACAUCAUGGAUUUUUUAGACAGUUAUACCUUUAUCUCACAUUUAUAAAGCAUAUCAUGGCUGUGUAUAGUUGCCGCUUAAAAAUUGUAAUCGACCAGCAAUAUUUUCAGUAUUUUGGUGUUUUUUUCUAUUAACCUUUCAUGUUUUUCAUCUUCCAAUUAAUAUUUGGGGGGAGGGGUUUCAAAUUUAUACGAAUUAUGCAAUACCAAGUUUUGCCUAUGUAGGUAGUGCUUUUAGCUGUAUUGGUUAUUAUAGGUAAGUACACAGAUUUAAAAAAA